UCCGUCUGCAGUGCCGCCCGUCGCAUUGGUCAACAAUACUGAUUAAUAGCGGCUCAUUACCACCAAAUGGGACGCUAUAGAAACCACCUUCGAACUGUUAAUCUCUAAUCGCUUGUUGCACCCGGCUGGAGGACACCCCAAAAAUUUCUACUAUAAAAGAUCCUCGCGCUAGCAAUUCGGUCGUCAGUAUUCGGUAAGAGAUUCGAACAGAGAAACAUCCUUCAACAUGCAGCUGCAUUUGUUUGCGUUUGUUGCACUAGCAACGCUAGUCUGCCUCACUCGGGCAGCUCCCCUGGACUCCGUAGCGACACCGUACAUCGUGCAGUACGAGAACAAUAACGCCCAGAACGAAGGAUACAGCUUCGAGUACGAGCUGAGCGAUGAGCAGCGUCGCAAGGAAGAAGGCACUCUCCGGUACAGCAAGGACGAGGAAGGUAAAGAUGUACAGUUUGUUGCCGUUCAAGGACGCUACUCGUAUGUCGGGGACGACGGUCGUACCUACUGGGUGGAGUACAUCGCGGACGAGAACGGUUAUCGCGCCCGGAUGGGUACGGGCGACUUCGAUACCGAUCGUAAGCUAGACAGCGCAAGUAACGACCGCAAGAAUCGCCCCUUCGCUUAGCCCCAAACCGUGCGAAACGACGCAUUGAUUAAUGGAUGGAAAUUUGUGCCAUCUUCUGGUAAAAAACACGGAAUCGUACAAUAAAGGAAGAAGAUAA